UGUUUCUCUCCGCGCAUAUGAAACAGGAAUUGUUCACAGCACGCCUGAAAUAUUUCUCACUUCUAAUGUUUCUUGGAGGAACGCGUUUGAAUCAGUCCUGAAUAAUGGUUUCUAGCUAGUGAAACAAACAAUUCAGUAACUGAAUCUGGAAACGGUGAUGCGAGUCGAUUUAAAGGAACGAAUCGUUUGCACAUCAUCAGCAAAGAAUCCUGAGAUCCGGAGAGUUGCAUCGGGCUACGUUAUGAAAUCGUACAAUGUGUGUAGGUUGUUGGAGAGUUCAAUUUACAAACCCGAUACAAAAUGUUAUGGAUUUAGAUAAACGGGACCCACUGCAGUGACAGGUCAUGGAUUUCCCACUCCUCAUUUUCUUUGCCUUCUUGGUCAUGGUGGUCCACGGUUUUCCUGAGGACUACCACAUUCACAACAGCACCCGUCACCAUGACUACUGUGUACUUGGAGCUGGGCCUGCAGGACUUCAGAUGGGUUACUUCCUCUCCAAGAGCCAAAGAGAUUACAUUAUCUUGGAGAGGAACUCUGGGCCAGGGAGCUUCUUCAGUAUAUACCCUCGACACAGGAAACUCAUCAGCAUUAACAAAAUAUACACCGGGAGGCAGAACCGCGAGUUUAACCUUCGCCAUGAUUGGAACUCCCUCCUGAGCGACAGGCCCGACCUGCUGUUUCAGCGAGUGAGCCAGGAGCUCUAUCCAGAUGCAGACUCAUUUCCCAUCUACCUCUCAAUGUAUGUCAAAGAGCUGGGACUGAAGGUCCAGUAUGGGGUGGACAUCGGGAAGAUCAGGGCCUCAGAGUCUGAAUCACCUAGAGGCAGAGGAUACAUACUGGUUGACCAGCAUGGACUAGACUAUACAUGCAGUGUCCUCCUGGUGUCUACAGGAAUGUGGGAUCCUCAGAAGGUCCAGUUUGAAGGUUCAGACCUGGUGGAAGGCUAUGAGUCCAUCCCUUUGAACCCAGAGGAGUAUAAGGACCAGGCCGUGCUGAUCCUGGGAAAGGGGAACUCCGCCUUUGAAACUGCUCAGAGCAUCCUGGGUAGGGCCAGCCGCAUCCAUCUCUACAGCCCGAGCCCGGUCCGCCUUGCCUGGCAGACACACUACGUUGGAGAUCUCCGAGCUGUGAACAAUGAGUUGCUUGACACGUACCAGUUAAAGUCCCUUGAUGGGCUUGUGGAGGGAGGCCUUGAGGACAUUGCUAUCGUCAAAAAUGGAGAGGAUGAAAGAAAGCAUUCAGGCAGAAAGAAGCAGCGCUGUUCCAGUGGGAAGAAAAGACGUGGCCAGUUUUACCUUACUCUAGCUGAGCUUCUGGAACAUCCAGAUGGGAAGAACAGUACAAAGAUCACGGCAGCAAAUCUGCCUGUGUACCACAAUGACAACUUCUCUCUCCGACAGCCCUACGACCGUGUAAUCCGCUGCCUGGGAUUCCGGUUCAACUUCAGCAUCUUUGAUGGAUCUGCCCGUCCACCAAGCAGUGAGGUUACAAGAGGACGGUUGCCAGGGCUAACCGCUUGGUAUGAAGGCCAGGGAACUCCAGGCCUGUUUGUUCUGGGGACGGCUUCCCACUCACGAGACUAUCGCUCCUCUGCAGGCGGGUUCAUUCAUGGUUUCCGAUACACAGUGCGUGCUGUACAUAGAGUCCUUGAGCAGCGCUACCAUAGCAACUAUUGGCCGUCAAUCAAACUUUCAGUCAGUCAACUGCAGUCCUGGUUGUUGAGGAGGGUCAACGAGGCCUCUGGACCGUACCAAAUGUUCGGGGUACUUGGGGACAUCAUUUUACUUAGAGGGUCUCACUGUGAGUAUCUGGAGGAGUUUCCAAUCCAGGCCCUGCCCCAGUUCUCUUCUCUUUCUGGGCACAGGGUUUCAAAGCACGGGUUGUUGGUUCUGAUCCUGCAGUACGGGCUGAACCCCACAGACUCACUAGGCCCCGGCAGGGCAGAGUCCGAGUGGACCCGCGCCUGGAGGUCCAACUUCCUCCACCCUGUUCUGUACUACUACGACACACUUCCUAGUGAGAAAGACCUGAGACACCGUCCUGCUGGCUGGCCACUACCACGGCCCAAGGCAGUGCAUCACAUGGUGGAGGACUUCUUGACUGAGUGGGAUGGGCCCAUCUCACACAGCCAGCCAUUGCGCCGCUUCCUGGAACACUGUCUCCACACUGACCUCAGGGCCUUCUAUGCGGAGUCAUGUUUCCGCUUUUCCCUGACCAAUCGCAAGCCACCCUUGUUUUGUCGUCAAGGAUACCUGAGGAAGCAUGGGGUUGUUGGUAACAGUCAUCUGUGGCAGCAUGCCCGUGAAGCUGGGCUAAUGCCUAGUGAACAGGAAUAUGCAUCGCCAGACGUGGACCCAUCGUUCCCUGAUUACCUUACCCGAGCCGGAGCCUCAGUGUCCUCGGCAAUCAACGUUGAUUUCUGAUUGUUUAUCCAAAAUCCCAAAACUAAGCCUGUGGCACUUUUUUAGAUGUCCAAAGACAUUUUCUACCUCUCAUUUUAAUGUCCCAUUAAUAUACCAAAUAAUGUUUUAAACAACUAUCCUGGAUUGUGAGAGUGGACAUGUUAUUCCAUUUCAUUCUAGCAGAAUUGUGCCAUGUUUUAUAUGAUGAAACUUCAGAUUUGAAUGUGUGUAUAAACAGUAUAUGGGUAAUGUAUUGGGUUUUCAUUGCAUCUAUGAAUGAUGCAGUAUUUAUUUUUUAUACUAUUUCUGUAGGUCUAUUACUGUUAUUUAUGUGCUUACUUUAUUUUCUGUUGUUAGGCAUAAAGAGAACAUAAUGUUA